AUGUCAAAGCUGGUCGAUUCCUCCGAAGUCAUGACUUCUGGCCGAUAUGUUCAUCUCCCUACAGAGGUCUUAGUACUGAUCGCCGAGUAUAUUCAUGAAAAUUGGUACAAUUCCGAUCCUCACAUCUCCCAAUGCACACUUCAAAGGUUCUGCUCCGUCUCUCGCCAGUGGUACUCUGCUGGCAUUGAAUCUCUCUACUCGCGGCCUCAACUUGAUGAAGGGAACAGCUUCUUACUUUUUACCAAAACUGUGUGUCCACCGAUUCGCUCCCGAGAACGAAAAGUGCACCUGGGCUCGCUCGUUAAGGUCCUGAACCUCGGAGCAUUGGUGCAUCACAGCUCCAAUAGCCUGACGGCACGGCUCCUAGGUCAAGUGAAAAAGAGCCUAAAGACUUUUGUUGCUCCGAGGGUCUCGUUUUCAAUCAACAGCCUUGCGCCCUUAGCAAAGUGCAAAGAGCUUUCCUAUCUUUGUCUUAGCUUGGUGGCUGAGCCAAUCCCGCUUUCUGCUAUCAAGAAAGCCAUUAGCAGUCUUGACAAACUGAGAUUCCUCCAGCUUUCAUCUUCAAUGUUCAUCACGGAUGACGGUUUCAGUGAAAAUUGGCCACCCAAUCUGGGAUACCUCCAGGUUGGCGGGCAAUUUGAUCUCGAGAAAAUGUCUUUUUUCAGGUGGCCCCCCAACUUGAUAGGGUUGACAUUUUGUGGUUGCGAAGAUCUGGACACUUCCGUUCUGGAAGAGAUUCUUAUCAACGAGCAGCUCUGCACCUCGCUUACUGAAUUGACUAUUCACCGUUUGAACCGCGAGAUGUUUAAAGAGGGACCAUCUGAGAUCUUAUCAGCACUUGUUGCUUUGAAAUCUCUUCGGAUACCCGUCGAUUUGCUUUACGACUUACUCAUUCUUCCUGCGUUUGAUCCAAUGGGGUCUCCAAUGUCGAUCCGUCAGCUCGAGCUCACAGCACCAUAUGAUGAAAAUUUCGCUACGGAGAUUGAUCCCGAUGAGAUUUGCAAGGCCUUGAAAAUGAAUCUUUCUCGAGUGUGCUAUCUUGGUAUCAGCCCUGGCUGUCUUGGGGUAAUACCGGAAACAACGCAUGCCAAAAUUGACAAGUGGGUGUGGAAGAAUAUUGAUAAGUGUCCUGAGGAGGAACUUGAUUCUCUACUUGACUUGGGUCUUGUUGUCAUGGAUAAGGAGCCGAUUUAA